AUGUAGCUUCGAAGUGGAAAGUUAAACCAACCUCCUAAAAGAUAAUACAUUUCCCCUUACCAAAUAUUUUACAAAGAGCAACUUCAAAUCUUAUUAAACUAAGGGAUUGGAAUAAAUAUGGUUGGCGCUCAAAUAUAAAAAACAUGGUAGGAUAUGACAUCUGAAAUGCAUGAGUAUUACGAAGAUUAAUUUGACUAAUGUGAAGAUAAAUUUUAAGAGUAGCUCAUCUACUUUUAUGGAGGAAAUCAAAAUCAUAUCAAACAAUGGAAUGAAUUCAAAAAUAUUCCUUCAAAACCAAAAAGACCACUCACUCCUUAAUUUGAAUAUAUAAUUAAAAAUAGGCAUAAAUUUUCCUUAAAAAAUUAUAAUUGGAAACAAUCCUUUUAACUAUUAGUUUAAGAUUAUCAGAAAUAAUCAUAAAGAGUUAGAGAAUAAUUAGAAGUUGAUUAUGAGAGAAAAAUGAAAGACUAUAAAGAUGCCAUCGAAAUGUGGAAUGAGUAAAUUAUAUAUUCUUAAUUUUAGAAAAUAUGCUGAAAAGUAUAAAACUUUAAAAAAAAACUCCCUAGAAAUUUAUAAAAAGUAGAAGACUGAAAAUGAAUUAGAUUAUUAAGAAUUGUAAUUUGUCAGAUCUUGUAGAAAAAUGAGUUCAAAUAAAAAAGAAGAAUAAACAUAAAAUUAUACUAGUUAUAAUGAUGUCAAGUAUAAUCGUUAAAGAGAUGAGGAUUUUGGAUUAAGAGAAGCAGAUACAAAUACAGAAUAAUUUGUUGAGGAAAGUUAAUAAUUACGAUCAAAAAAUUCAAAGAAGGGAAGAAGAUUUUGAG